AUGGCGACAGCAAGACCCCGAAUCUGCCAUAUCUGCAGCGUCACCACAUGCUUCCGAAAUUUCUGCCACUCGUGCGGCCACGCACUUUGUCCGACUUGUCUAUGCGAGAUCCCCACCGACGCUGCCGACACUCACAAAGCUUUUGUCGCCAACAACUACGCGCACCCGGCCAUGGAAGGCGGCGUCGAAUACAUAAGCCACGACAGGACGCCACCCGGCGAACCCACUGCUGUCGAAUAUGCCUCUACAGCACGGUCUUUGCUCGCCAAUCCUGAGGGUGUAAAGUCACAAAUGCCGGCGGGUGGUGGUGAACGCCUAGCGCCAAACUUUUAUUUCUUACCUUGGUUCAACCCCAUCAAACAGCUUGGCGGCAGCCUUUCCAAUAACCCGUUUAUCUUGGCCGAUCAGAAGAUGGCUCGAAUAUCGGCGCAGGCGGAGUCGACGCCGAAUAUAAACGAGCGCGUCGCGGCGUCCGAGUCGCGGCAUAUGUCGAGAUGGCAUGGUACUGACGCCGAAUCACUUGCAGAACCACUGCGCAAAUACCAGCAUAGGCACGACGAGAAGCGCAAAGUUGAGGAUAACGAUGAGGGGCGCUGGUCGUUCACUCCCGAAACUAUCGAGAUCCGAUCCAAACUUUCAUCACCUAUUCAUCCCAAGGCACCCACAAAGGCAGUGAAGCCGCGGCAUGAGGAAUGGGGAUACAUCCAAGGUACUGGUGAUGAAAACACACCUGGAAACAGUGGCAUCCUUGCGGAGCCUGGUGUUAGCAGGAGACCGGACAGUGAGCAAUCCCGGGAAAUACUGCUCAGAAAGACCUCGCGGGGGUUCGUACCUGUGGAUUCCAGGUCACAGUCGUACUGCAGCGUUGACGAGCAACCACUUUUGGGGGUGGAGGAAGCACCAACAAGCCAUACGCCUGAAAGUGAGAUGUUACGAGCAGAGAAGGUUGAUAGGCAUGUCAAGGCUGCCGACGUCGCUCCUGUUGUUGACAGUAAAACUGCUCUGAAGUGGCUUCAGAAUGGAAAUGACCAUACAACAGCUCCCUCGACGGUCGAGAGCUUCACUACAGCCUUCCAGGCCCAUCCCAAUCCCAGAUUUCUGGGGAAGCGCCAUAGUCCCGCGUCGUCUGAAACCAGAAUCCGUCGCGAAGUAGACAGCAUCAGUAUGCGGAGAAGGUCCAAGGGCUCAGACUACCCGGACACUUCUCUUGAACCUUCGACUAGCGUCCGGAGUCGUCAGGAUACACAGGCAACUGUUCGACUCGUUGGCGAAGGCAAAGACAAGGAUGCGUUCGAGAGCUAUGGCGCCGAGCCGUCUCUGGUGAGCGCCCAGUUAGAUCGCAAGCAGCGUCUCCAACAGGCACGGGAGCAAAUCUAUGCAUUGGGCCAGAGCUUCCAAGAACUCCAGCAGACCAUUGAACUGCGAAAUAAACAGGCAUCGGGCGGUUAUAAAAAGAUUUCGGACGAGAAUGGACGACAGACCUCGGAACAGACGCUCGAGAGGGAGCGGCUAACGCCUGCUGCAUUAAAUCCUGGUCUUGGUCGUGGCAGGCAACAGUUAACUCCUAGGGCUGAGCCAGAGCAGCGGCUUGAUGUAGUCGAGAAUGAAAGUGACGAAAAAGCCAGAUUUGAGGAACAACUCGACGCGAUCCAUCGACAGCAGCAGCAUCACACGUUGAACGAGGGGCCAACGGUGAGCAACGAGAUAAACGACGCCUACUACGAUGACAAUCACGAGUGCAUCUGGAAGGCCCGAUACCUAGCGCUCAGUACCGAGGUGCACCAGUUGCGGGAAAUGAUGUCAGAAAGGCAGUCCUUGUCGUCUGCUUCAGCCAAGGCUGUCGCCAGUGGGAUUGAGGACACGGAUAGUAACUUUGGGCUAGAGGGUCUGACCAUUGUUAUGCACUUGAAAGGAAAGGAUGAUUUGGUUAUCAAUACAGACCUAAGGGAGAGGUGA